AUGAUGAUGGUGCCUAGGGCUUUUCUCUUCUCGUCUGUAACGCCUCCCAAGGCUUCCAGGCAGCAUGGAAAGAACAAUGCCGGCGACUCCCCAAAGUCGACAUUCGAGCCACCCUCGCAACGGGACACCUCCGGCCUCCAGAUACCCCCUAUGCAUAGCUCCGACGUUGACGAGAAGGCUACUCUUCACUCCAAUCCCGUCGUCAUCCCCCCAAAACGCGGUCUGCGAGUGACCCCGGUGCACCAGGGACAACAAGAACAACAGGGUCGUUCUCGUUCCAGAACAGCUCACAAUUCGAGGAAUCUUCGCAGGUCAUCAUCCACAGCAACCCUGCCUGCUUCCGUCGCCUCUAUUCUCGAAGCUACCGCAAUUCCGGUCCCUCGACGGAACUGGUCUCUUCGGGACUCUCGCAAACUCCCUCGUGGCAACUAUGUAGAGGACUUCAGUAAGCUUCUGAUGGAGGGUGUUGAUCCCAAAGAGGAUCGCCUGAUGGACGGCUCUGCUAGUCCUAUGCUUGACGUUUUGCUCAGUCCUCCCGAUGCGGACAGCGAGAAACUGUCUAUAGGGAACGAUGAUUAUGCAGAUGCGACAUUCUCACUUCGAUCUAUGUCGACAGAUUCCAUGCCGUCCUUGAUGCCUGAUGUUGAAUCUCCGUCUAGUUUUCAACUGUCACCCACACCAUCUACUCAAAGGGGUCUGUCCGAGAGAAGGCAUCGACAGCUUGCACGCCCUGAAGACUGUGCAUCAGAUCAUCCUCUAUUGCAAGUCGAAUCCCCAGAACAUGAUGAGUUUGAACCUAUCCGCAGAGAUAUUGCACUCCCCAGUGCUGGCUCCACAAAGUCCACAUCAUCUCGUUCGUUUCCGCGUUUCAGCGCCGGAUUCAAGUCGAAUCUGACGGCCUCGUUGCGUGCCAUCAAGUCUGCAGCACAAACGGUGUCAACGUUUGCCGCGCCUUCCGUGCAGCCGGAUGACUUUCUCACCCGGUCUCUGUUCGCGAUUACUCCGGAGACGACUGACGACCGUCGGCCUCCGCCCAUGAGUGGGCCACCUUCUCCGGCUCUACGACGUUACCUGAACCCAACUCCCAUAUCGCCAGCGGAGAUGCAUACAUAUCACGAGUACCGACGGGGUCCCAGCGGCUCCCCGAGCAUGUGCCCCGUCUCGAUCCAGAUGCAGACAUAUCACCGUUCGGCAAGCCGCUUAAGGAAAAAUGGCAGCACGGAUCAGGGAAUUUCCCUAUUCGAUCCGGGAAUAAUCCCACCAAUGGCUCGCCAACGGGAACCGAGAGAAAACGGCGAUUUCCUGCGCAUGGUGGUUCUAGAGAUGAAUAUGCGGCGCAGCGGGAAAUUCCGGGACGACAUUCCUAUCCGGGCGCGAAUAUGGCUUCCACCGCGCAAAGCCAGCGCGAACCCUUCAUGUGGAGAUUAUACAGACGAUGAAGGGAACACCGUUCCUGCAAGAUGGGUCGGGAUAUCCAUUGAUUGCAGGUAG